AUGUUCCGCGCACCGGUCAACCGCAUGAUGCGGACCCUCGACCGCUCGUUCUUCAAAAAAACCGUCCCUCUCUCUGCUGCUACUAUUUUCGACAAACAAUCCAUUGGCACCAUAAAAAGUGAAUUGCUCCAGAGUCAGGAUUUGUUGCUGGCAAAUCGCAUUAUACCUGUGCGCGCCGCGCGAGAGGGACCGUUAGAAAAUGUUACAGAUCACUGGUAUGGGAGAAAGGACGGGAAGCAGGACAGUCGAAAAUGUCUGCUACUUAGGGAGGGUAUCAAGGCCGAUGACGUGACGACGUGGUCUCCUACUAUCCAGAAACUAGUUGAGGCUAAAUCGGUGGAAGUUCGUCCGUUCAACCUGCUGCUUGAUUAUGACUAUUUCACUUAUAAGGACAUCAUCGAUUCUAUACUUCCGGACGAAAAAUUGGAUGAAUUACCUGUUGGAUUUACUCAAGUUGGACAUGUUGCUCACUUCAAUCUUCGCGAACAAUAUCUACCAUAUAAAUACCUUCUGGGAGAGAUAUUACGAGAUAAACAUCCUCAAGCUAGAACAGUAAUUAACAAAACCGAUGAUGUUGGAUCCCACAGCGAAUUCCGCACUUUUUCAUACGAAGUACUAGCCGGAGAGGACGAUAUGCUCGUCACUGUACACGAGCAAGACUGCGAAUACUCCUUCGAUUACUCAAAAGUAUACUGGAACACACGUCUCGCCACCGAGCAUGAGCGUAUGGUCAGCAGGUUCAAAAAGGGGGAGGCUGUUUGCGACGUCAUGGCUGGCGUGGGACCCUUCUCAAUUCCGGCAGGAAAGAAGCAGGUCUUCGUCUGGGCCAACGAUCUAAAUCCGUAUGGCUACGAAUGUCUGGAGCGCGGUGCUGCAAAGAACAAAGUUAGAGAGUUCGUGAAAGCGCACAACAUGAACGGCCGCGAUUUCAUCCGGUUCGCUACCGAAAGGCUAUACCAGGGAAAUCCCCGAACCGUUGUCCACCGCACCAAGGUUCCUAAAGCGGAACGCGAAAAUAGUCCGAACCGUCAACGGAAUCCAAAAGCGUUCGACACGGAAUAUUUGACCUGUCCGCGAACCUUUGACCACUUCGUCAUGAACUUGCCGGCCACUGCGAUUGAGUUCCUCGACGCUUUUCGCGGUCUCUACGCCGGCAUGCAGGAGCUCUUCGAACCGUACACCGACCGCAAACUGCCGCUCAUCCAUGUCUAUUGCUUCUCGACGAAUAGCGAGGAUGAGGCGCUUGAGCGCAAGGAUAUCUGUGAGCGCAUUUCUGCACGGCUUGGAUUUAAGAUAACGCCUGAGGAAGAGGGCCGGGAGUUGGAAAUUCGGAGCGUGAGACUUGUAUCGCCGACGAAGAAGAUGUUCUGUGCUUCUUUUAGAUUACCUGCUGAGGUUGCAUUUAAGAAGGCUUGA